UCAGGGCGCCAGCCAGACCAAGUCUCGACACCCGAAACACAAGGAUCUCGACGUGAUGGACAACAUCUACCACCAGGACAACGCCCGGGCGACGGUCAACUCCGUGAUCGAUGACCCGAUGACGCAGUUCAUCCACAGCAUCUACCACAUGAGUCUGAUCAUGAUCGGCCUGACGGUGGUCUCCUGGGUGCUGCUCCUGCUGACCAAUACCCGCCCGCACCAGCACCUGCCCUUUCCCGGCUACGUCCCGGUCAUCGUGAUCUUCCUGGCUAUGGUGACGAUGCACUGCAUCCCCGGGAUCGCCUACUGCUCGCCCUGCAAGUGGAUGAUGGCCGGUCUGGUGAUGGUCUGCACCAUUGUCGCCGGCUGCUUCAUCACCUUCGAGCUGGGCUUGCUGACCACAGUUCUGGUGAUGCUCUGCGUCGCCGUAAUCCUCCUGGUGCUCAACUUCUCGGGGGCCAAGUGCCCGCAGGAGAUCCUGCCCGGCGGCUUGUGGUCCACGAUGCUGAUGCUGGUCCUCCUGCUGGUCCUGGUCGUCGUGGGCAUCGCCCAGCUCUGCACCGGGAACGAGGAACUGCUGGAGACCUUCGUCGCCGUCCUGUUCAUCAUGCUGGUUAUCGCGAUCCCCAUCCAGGCGCAGUUCAACCACGGCCGCCUGGAUGUGGUGGAGGUGGUGCCGCGGGAGCACCUCAUGAUCUGCACCCUGACCGUCUACCUGCACACCGUGAUGUUCUUCUGCUGCAUCAGUUACUUCAUCGAGGUGUCUGAGAAGAAGGCCGCCACCGCGAGCACAGACGUUCAUGGGCAUGAAGUUGAAUCUGUAACCGAAAGGAACUAUAAUUGAGAGACUCUGGUUUGUUUUCGGCUGAUUCCUGGCCAAUCUCAUGGACUUUUGGUCCUGAAUCGAAACUGACGAAGUGAUCCUGUCAUCCCGUCUAAUCAUCCCAUACUCUGUAGGUUUGCUGAGGUCAACUGCACCAGUAAGGCAAAUAGAGCAGGAGCAUAUACGACAUUUAAUAAAAAGAAUUAAAUAUUGUUA